GUGACGUAGAAUGUUCAGCGAGUCACGAAAAAAACAUGGCGACUGACGAGGACUCGGAAGAUUACUUCGUUAGAGAAAUAGAGAAAAAUGACGGGUCUGUUUUAAGAAUGUAUCAGUGCAGCAAAGGGGACGUGGGCUGUGUGGUGUGGGACGCUGCUAUUGUCCUGUCAAAAUACCUCGAAACGGAACAGUUUAGCGGUGUUCAGUCUGGUGUUAGUGCCUGGUCCUCUAAGAACAUCGUCGAGCUGGGCGCAGGAACGGGACUCGUGGGUCUCGUGGCUGCAACCCUGGGGGCAAAUGUCACGGUGACCGAUCUAGAAGACCUGCAGCCUCUCCUUCAACUAAACAUUAAGAAAAACCAGCACCUCAUCCAUACAGGCUCAAUCACAGCCAAGGUACUGAAAUGGGGAGGAAAUGUCGAAGGAUUUCUACCUCAUCCUCAUUAUAUUCUGAUGGCUGAUUGUAUCUACUAUGAGCAGUCUGUGGAGCCACUGGUGGAGACUCUGAAACUCUUGGCUGGACCAGAGACGCGUAUCAUCUGUUGCUAUGAGCAACGCACUGUUGGUGUAAAUCCUGAAAUAGAAAAGAGAUUCUUUGAGCUACUUCUGCAGGAAUUCCAGUCGGAGGAGAUCCCAUCUGAGAAACAAGACCCCGAGUUCAACAGUCCUGACAUUCACGUUCUCCACCUACAGCGAAGAGUCCACUGAAUGGCUUUUAUUUGUUUGAAAUGUCGAAGAUGGGUCGUGUGUGUUCGUGUUUCAAUGGACUGUGGUGUUGUUGGUCAGAUGCUGAAUACACACCGUUUUAAGUGCUCACGUGGUAUGGGAGGUCGGCCUUAAUGCGAGCGCUUACCUGCGUUUGCAGACAAACAAGUUUAAUUGAAUCAUUCUGUGCGUGUUAAACUGGCAAAAAUAAAUCCCGAAUGUGUGUUUUUUUUUUACAUGCCUAUUUAUCUGCAAAUAAACACUUUCUAAAAUGAA